AUGUCAGCCAACUCGAUCAAACUCCUGACUGGUAACAGUCAUCCAGAGCUUGCCAAGCUCGUUGCCGACAGGCUCGGCAUUGAGUUGACCAAGAUCAUGGUCCUCCAGUACUCCAACCAAGAAACGAGUGUCACGAUCGGUGAAAGUGUACGGGAUGAGGAUGUUUUCAUUUUGCAGUCCACAAAACCCAACGACAUCAACGAUGGGCUCAUGGAGCUCCUUAUCAUGAUCAACGCUUGCAAGACGGCCUCUGCCCGGCGCAUCACGGCUGUUAUCCCCAACUUCCCCUACGCGCGCCAGGAUAAGAAGGACAAGAGUCGUGCUCCGAUUACCGCCAAGUUGAUGGCCAACAUGCUCCAGACCGCUGGCUGCAACCAUGUCAUCACUAUGGACCUUCACGCUAGUCAGAUUCAGGGUUUCUUCAAUGUGCCGGUCGACAACCUUUAUGCCGAGCCUAGCAUGCUGAAGUGGAUCCGGGAGAACCUGGAUGUGGAAAACUGUGUCAUUGUGAGUCCUGACGCUGGUGGUGCUAAGCGUGCCACCGCUAUCGCCGACCGGUUGGAUUCGCAAUUUGCCCUGAUCCACAAGGAACGCCCUCGUCCCAACGAAGUUUCCCGAAUGGUACUUGUUGGAAACGUCAAGGACAAGGUUGCCAUCAUCGUCGACGAUAUGGCAGACACUUGUGGAACCCUCGUCAAGGCCGCCGACACCGUCAUGCAGCACGGUGCUAAGGAAGUCAACGCCAUUGUUGUCCACGGUAUCCUCUCCGGUAACGCCAUCGACAACAUCAACAACAGCUGCCUCAGCCGUAUCGUCGUUACGAACACCGUUCCCCACGAGGAGAAGAAAGAGGUCUGCGACAAGAUCGCAACGAUCGAUAUUAGCCCUACGCUCGCCGAAGCUUGCCGCCGGACACACAACGGAGAGUCGGUUAGCUUCUUGUUUUCGCACGCGGUUUCUUAG